AUGCCUCAUCCCAAGCAUCAUCACUCUCAUCAUCUCACCGUCAAGGAGAUCAAAAAGAUCUUCUCGCACCAUGAUGACACCAAAAGUGGACGCAUUUCAAGAGAUGAGGCCAAGGCCGCUCUAAAAGAAGUUGGAUCUCAUCAUCAUCGUCAUCACAAAAAUGACUUUGAGAACGAGUUCAACAAAUUGGCCAAGCGUCACUCCAAGCAUGAUCAUCAUCACAUCACGUUUGCUGAUUUCUUGCACUUUGUUCAUCCCGCCGAAGGAGUGCAUCAUCACAAACAUCACAAAAAAGAUCACAAGGCUUCAAGCUCGUCUUCAAGCUCUUCUUCAUCGUCUUCAUCGUCAAGCAGCUCAUCGGAACGAACACAAGCAUCAUCACCACGAGCACCACAAAAAGGACAGCUCAAGCUCGUCCUCGUCUUCGUCGUCGUCGUCUUCAUCAAGCAGCUC